AUGGGAUUUACAAGAACCUUUCUCUUGUUAUCCAUGAUAAUCAUCAUUACAGUGUCUGCUGUAAGAUGCCUAAAAGUUAAAGUUCAUGACAAAGCAAGUUCCUCUGCCCCAGGCCUGACAAAACACAAGGCGAGAGAACUUGCGGCAAACCCAUCUGCCCUGAUUCACGAAGCUCUCAACCUCGUUCGAAGACGGCGAAGUCUUGAAGUUGCAUAUGACGACCAUAUAGAUAGAACGAAGCGCGACAAAAUUGCCAACUUGGCAAACAGACGAGCUGUUGAGGGAUUCUCUCCUAGCGAAUUUAACGACGAAAGAGAGCAUAUUAUUGACAAGCGUCAGAUUUCUGAAGACUUGGACAGUUUAAAAAACUACGAGGCCGAUAAAAAUGACCUUCGUCUCCAGGAAAUACUGUCGGGAUUUCAAAAUGAACCAAAAGUCAUCACAAGAUCUAAGAAGGACUUACAUAAAAAUGUAAGACAAUUAAGAAUUAGUUUUAAUGAACAAUUAUUCUAGAAGUUCUUUUAAUACUCCCUCUGUUUUAUUUGUUCUCCGCACUUAUAGUAUUAAACAUUUCCUAACUCAUGCAUGCAGUUUACAUAGGACACCUUCUAGGUACUUGAAUUGGCACCAAAUUAAAGCUAAAGACGUUCGAUGACAGCCUGAUUGUAGAUUAAUUAGGACAGAUUUGUUGGAAAACUCUGCGCUUGAUAUCGAAGAAAAUAACGGGAAAUGGAGUACGACAAGAUAUUAGUUCAUUGUCAUAGUGUGUGUAAGCUUUUCGAAUUCUUUUCGUGGCCGAGAAAAGGAGUUUUCCGGAGCGCAUAAGCGUACAGUUUUAGCUCUUAUGGGAAUUGAAAGGCAAAGAUCUGAAAACAGUUUUUUAAAAUUUACUAGUUCAGGGUCACUCAUGAUGUAACUGUCUAGAUAAAUCAGCAAAGAAUAAGACAUAGUGUACUGUGUGAGCAUGAGUGAAUUUACUACAGAAAAGUCAUGAUGUAAGAUAAAGGACGAUCAACCAUCCAAGCAAACCCAAUUUUCCUUAACAGGAUGUUAUUACUAUGGCUAAAAAAUCUGAUGACGCAAAACUCUUCGAGUUGAACUCUUUGGGCCUUGAAGACUUGAUUCGGAAAAUUGCUCCGCUUCUAAAAGGAAAGGACGGCCGAGAUGGAAAAGAUGGAAAGGAUGGAAGGGAUGGGAGAGAUGGACUUAGGGUAAUAAAAAAACUAUUUUUUGAUUCUUACUUAAUGAGGUGCGCGGCAUAGUAAGAUUCAACGACGCGGCGGCUACGAGAACGUCUAUUAAAAAACAAUAGGUUUAAUAAGGAAAAAAACUUCUUUGCCGUUUUUGCACGACUACGACGUGAAAAUGCCUAAUUUCGUAUUUUAUAAACGUAAAAAAACAACGACGAAAUUUUAUUUCGCUUUCUGAACUUGAAUAUGGUCCCUUGGAAUUCAAAUUCAGUAGGGUUCGCGUACAUUUGACAAAGUACGUAAGUAGGAAUAAUCGCGAUAAAGACUGAAAGAACGCAUAUUCACUUUUUAAGCGACGUUCUCGUUGCUGUCGCGUCGUUGGAUCUUGACGUCCCUUAUAGCAAAAGGAGCAGCGGAACAUUGGGGGGAGCUGACCACCGAUUGGAAGUGGGAAGACUCAAGGAAGAGUCUGAAGAAAUUCUCCUGGUAAGCCCUUAAUAGGGAUCUCUGCUGGCCCUUACCCCUCCCACCAUAGCCCAAACGUCUCCGCGUUCCGUAAACAUGACUUGUAUGACUCAUGCAGUCUCCAUCGAAAGGCGAAAGUUGCGUGAGACCGUCGUCCGAUUAGUUACCUGAACUUAAGUCAUUAGUGACGUUUUCUCUUACUUCUCUCAUGUCCCUGCAGGAAAUGCCACGCAUAUAAUAACUAUUUCAUGACUAAUGUCCAAGCUUAAGAACACUAGUUUGAAUCGAAGUGUUGUGGAGGAAAUAAUACGCCAUGAGAAUGAUGCCUUGCCUGAUUUUCGUUCUUUAUCUUCAGCGUCCUGACUUAACUGGUCCCACCACUACAGGCUAUUGAAACGUUUUCAACAUUCUCUGGUUUAAUGCUUGCACUUAGUUAACGAGACAUAGCAAUCUUAUAUUCUCCAUAGUAAAUAUAUGUAUAUAUCAAUUUCCCUUGUCAUAGGGCGAACCUGGUUACCCUGGCCCCCCUGGCCCACCUGGCUACUCAGGAGUAAAGGUAAUACCCCGGCUUAGUCUUUUGCUCAGCACAAUUUUUUUAGACAUUCAUCCUAUCUUCACUGAUGUGAAUUUCUUUUAUUACGGGAGGAUAAAAAAAGGCGGUACGCAUGCGUAAGAUAUGGUUGAGAGUCUGGAAAGCGCACGCACCUCAGAGCAUUGACCAGUCUUCCUUAUACAAAACUCCAUUCAGUCUUUUCAAAUAAAUUGUUUAAAGGUAAGUGAGAAAUAUUUAAUAUAGGCCUUUAAUAUUUUAGGAGUGUUCUGACGAUACUGCAAUGCGAGGUGACGUUGGCGUUUCAGCUACCCAACUUGAGGUACAUGAAAUAGGCUAAUAUGAAUCAAGGCUAAUACAAAAUUGGCACAAAAUAGCUACAAUUAGCUCGUCGGUUUACAAGUUGUACAAUGCCAGGAAGGCUUUUUUAUGAAAGAGUUGAAUAUAAUCGUCUGAGUGAGUAAACUUCUAAAAAGGAAUGUUGGUGGGGGUACUAAAUUCAUCAUCAGAUUUAGAGCUUGACAGAGCUCAUUGUCCGCACGAGAAAAGUGGCAAAAGUUUAUGUAAAUUAACUGAUUCAAUUUUCCUAAGGAUGAGAAACCAUCUGGACAUCUAACAAGCGACAGCAGCGCCUUUCGUUUCUCAGAUGGCCUUGGUGAGUAAAAGUUACAUGAUCUUUAAUUUUUGUCAAAUUUUUUUCCAGAUUUACUGGAAGAUAAGAUUGUUGGCUUUUCAUCCUUGUCAUAAUAUGUUUGCGUUCCUAAAUUCUGAUAAUUUAAUCCUGAAUCCUGAAAUCAAACACAUGCAGGUAUCGUUUUCGCUGAAAUUAUGUAAUUAAAAUGCUCUUAACUUCUCAUGCAUUACUAUUUAAAAAUGUAAAGUUAUUUUUCUUAUUUACCUCAGAAUUUUCUCGUUGGUGUUCUUCAUGCCCGACCGCGCAUCUUUCCGGAGGGAUGAAAUCAUCAAACAACACUCUCGAAAUUCCUCGAGAUGGAAGAUACUUCGUCUACUGCCAGUUUCAUCUACUACAGACGGAUGAAGACAGAACAGGGUUUGAAAUUCUCGCGAACGGAAACAUAUUGCUCUCUAAAAUAGUGAAAGGCGAAGAAGCCACCUACUCGGGUGCAGUAUUUGUAAUGAAGAAGUCCAGUCUUCUGUCAGUGAGACUUCUGGGUCAUGGCACUAUAGAGGGUGAUCAUACUGUAAACUUUCUUGGUGCCUAUCAAUUAUAG